AUGUUUAAAUUAAAUCCUAAAAAGGUACUCAUUAAGACUCCUACUAUAUAUGAUUAUUAAGCUAAUCUACCUGUUGAAGUAAUUGUGUAAUAUUAAUAUAGACUAGAAAAGCCAUAGUAUUACAUGUGAUGAAUAAAAAUCCAAAACUUAAAAUUAAAGGAGGAAAUUCAAUGACCAAUCCAUACAAAAUACCAUAUGAAUUAGCAAUUGCAGAUUAAAUUGAUCAAAUGGAAAAAUAUAAAAAUUCCAUUCUCUGGUCUCCAAGAAUGACUCCUAAAAAAUUCACUUUUGCUUUCAUUUAUCCUAUGGGAUUUGCUUUAGUCUUACUUUGGUAUAUUCAUAAUGUUGCCAUUCCUAGAAGAAUGGUAGAAAUGAAAAGAAAAUAUGGAUAUGUUUAUCCUGAGUUAGAAUCAAAAGGUUGGUUAGAUGGAUGGUGGGAUUAUGAAUAGGAAGAAACAGAAUAAAUAUUUGAUAUAAUUAAUAUGGAAUUCAAGAAAACAGAGAAUAAAGUUAAAAAUAAGCAAUAUACAGAUUUCACUAUUUCAGAUUUACAAAAUUUUGGAAACAAACCAACUUAUGAGAAUUCUGAAUAAACAUCUAACAUUAAUAAAUCUGGAAAAUAAAUUAUGUAAGUAAAAGAAAAAUAGAAAAUUCAAUCUUAAUUGGAAAAGAUCUUAGAGUUGUAGUCUAAAGCAUCAUAAUGA